AAAUAAGGAAACAAGUCAUCUGUAGGAACUGGACGUAAAAACACAGGUUUCACACAUCCUGCAAGUUUCCCGCUUUCCCUAGAGAUGGCAGCUCGCCGGUAGAGUAUUGAUUUUUCCGUUUCGCCGCGGUCGCCGGAAAAUCAAUAUUCACUGAACUUGCUGGAAAAACCAUUUGUAUAUUGUCUCUACAAGAAUCACAUUGCGCGUGUCUUGAUAUUAAUCCUAAAUUUGUGUUAAAACACUUUCUCUUGGCUUAGUUAACAUGCAGUCAGGGUUAUAAUCAAAAUUAAUAGACCAUUGUUUGUAUUUUCGCUUCAAAGUUUAUUUGCUGCUCUAUUAUGCGUUCUCUUGCCGCUGUCCGUGGGGUAGAACCCGUUCAGGAGUUGGCGAUCCCGUCUUCCAUCGAAGGCGACGGGAAUUCUGAUGCCGAAAUGGCUGGAGCGCAGGAUACCAUAUACCUAUGCAACUUCCGCGUAUCAGUAGAUGGUGAAUGGCUAUGUCUGAAGGAGCUACACGACAUGGAGAUGCAGGAUUCCUAUAUCCGACCCUCAGAUAAUGGUGCGAUCACUUCUCCGGACGAUCCUAUGCAUUCAUUGAUGGCUCGUGAUCCUGUGGUGAUAGAACGUAGCAAUCUCGUGAACAUCUCCAAGCUGAUUGUAAAGGAAUUGAUUGAACAAUCUCUCCGUUAUGGCCGGAUGCUCGACAGCGACCACUUACCGCUACAUCACUUCUUCAUUGUUCUCGAGCAUGUCAUGCGUCACGGGCUCAAACCUAAAAAGGGACUCCUCGGGCCGAAGAAGGAGCUAUGGGACAUCUUGCAAAUGGUUGAGAAGUACUCUCCAGAGGCGGCAGAUAUUACAGCAAGUGUGCGAGACUUGCCCACUGUUAAAACGGCUAUGGGACGCGCCAGAGCUUGGCUUCGUCUGGCACUGAUGCAGAAGAGACUUGCGGAUUACCUAAGAAUACUACUGGAGCGCCGUGAAGAAACGUUGGAGGAAUACUUUGAACCCCACGCCCUGAUGCUGAAUGAGGAGGCGGUUAUCAUAACGGGUCUACUUGUUGGAUUAAAUGUCGUUGAUUGCAAUUUGUGUGUCAAGGAAGAAGAUUUAGACAGUCAGCAAGGUGUGAUCGACUUCUCUCUAUACCUGCGCGGGAGUAGCUCCUCCCACGAUCUUGCGAAUAACGGUAACAAUGGAAAUAACGAGCCCAAGCAACGACACAUCAAUACUAUGCUGGAUCAGAAGAAUUAUAUUGAGGAGCUGAAUCGACACCUUAAUGCCACGGUAGCGAACCUGCAGUCAAAAGUGGAAGGUCUGACAACAACCAAUGCUUUGAUGAAAGAAGAUCUAGCUAUUUCCAAGAACACGAUGAUACAGCUGGUUGAGGAGAAUAAUCAAUUGAAACACGCAUUAGGUCAAGACAUUACUAAAGAUAGCAGGAUCAAAGUGACCGAGUUGCAUGAAGAGGAGGAAAAACGCAGCGUGAAAAGUACAACAUCAGACAAAUCUAAAAGCGACAAAGACACGGAAUCUGCGAAACUGUUGGAGGAAGAAAGGAAGAAGAAUGCGGAACUUCAGAAAGAACUUGACUUGCAAAUAUCGCUUAAGGCAGAAAUGGAGGUCGCUAUGAAAUUGCUAGAGAAAGAUAUACACGAUAAACAAGACACAAUUAUCUCUCUCAGACGGCAGCUGGAUGACAUAAAACUUCUCAAUUUGGAAAUGUACAAAAAAUUACAGGAAUGCGAGGUGGAUCUUACGAAGAAAGGCGAAAUGGUCUCCAGGCUUCAAGGAAAGGCUGAGCAAAUUGGCAAAAUACUUCACAACUUAGAAAUAUAUAAUAAUUUGCUGGGACCCGAGCACGAUCUCGUUAAAGCGCUUAGAUCGCCCUCUAACGAAUCUCUCGGGGCCAAACUAGACACUAUAAAAGCACAAAGUAGCGCUCAAAAGGGUACAAAGUCGAAAGAUGAGGGACCGCCGAAAAAGAAAAUUAACCUACAGGAAAUACCACCGUUCCGUAAAAAUAAAACCAUUAAAGAAUAAAUUAAUUGACUUAAAUUUACAUAGGUGGUGUUUCCUAGCAAUUAUUUCUAACCGCUAUGUAGAUAAUCUUUUAUAUAUCAUACUAACUAAAGGCAAUAAUUCUCGAGUUAAAUAGUGGCUUUGUUUUAGGAAUGUGAAAGUUCCUUGAAACAUAAAACAGAACUAAUAGCCAAAUUGGAAGCAAAGACUGAAUCAAUGGGCAGCACGAUACAUCAACUCGAUGAAAAGUAGGUUUCUAAAUAUUUUCUUAAAAGUGCCUAGAUGUUAACGAUCGAGUCUUUACUUACGGCUUGACAUAUCAGGGCCUAGUGUGGGUUGACAUCGAAACAGACCUACCCAUUGCGUUAAGCAUUUGGCUUAAAACGUUUUGAUUAUUCUUGAAUUUGAUAACAAUUGUCACAAAACGAUUAAAGCUGCCAAUCCUAAGAGAUUUGUAUACUGAUUGAUAUUUCUUGUAGUUUAUUGGAAUAUGGUUCACGUUUCUACAGAACGUUUUAGGUCAUCGCAUGACGUGGUAGUUAAGUUUUAUUCGUUGUAAACUCGAACUAGGCCUAGUCGCACAUUGUGAGCGAUGCACAGCUUAUUUCGUCAUUGGCAAACCGUUACAAUAAACUUUCGUGAUUUUCAAUAUUUUGAUAACAAUUUUAAUGAAAUGUAUUACGAUGAAAUGAUUAUAAGCAAGGCGCUACGCUUUUGCUUCGUUGCUGUGGUUAACAUGUUUUUUAUCUUAUAAAAUGUAUUAUUUUAAAAUUACAAUUGUCUUGUAUUAAAUAUUUAAAUUAUUUUGUACUCUUUAUCAGUGAUAUAGUAGUAAGCAUAUUUCAAAUAUAUUCAUGAUCUCAUAUAUUACAUUAUAGUGGGUUUGUUUUAACUAGGGAUGCAUCCGAUACCGAUAUAUCGGCGAUACUUUGGGUUUGCCGAUAUAUCGGUAUCGGCGAUAUUUUAAUUGCCGAUACAACGAUACUUUUCAAAUUUCGCGCUUUAAAAAAAGUAAUGUAAACGCGCAUCUUGUUUGAUCUGGGGCGUGGGAAACGAGGCACGGAAUAUCUAUGCCCCUCACACCCGCUUUGUCUCUGCGUAUUCCAUUUCGCUAGGCUUUUAACUGCUAUCGCGCGUAGUAUUUUUCAAUACCAAAUUAAAUAAAAUACAGAAUUACAAACAUCUUAUCAAUGUUAAUUUUGAUUAUUAACAGUUAUUUAUUUUAUUUUAAUUUAACUUAAUUCUUAAUUUUAUAUACUAAACCUUUAAUCUUAUUCAAAGUUUGUGACUAUUUAUAUUUUAUAAUAAAAAUUAAAAUCUGUAACCAAAAUUGAUAUAUUUUAUCUUAAUUUAAUUUCAAUAAGCGUUAGUAUCGGUAUCGGUGAUAUUUCUAUAAGAGUAUCGGUAUCGGCAAAAAGGCAUCGAUGCAUCCCUAGUUUUAACUGUCUUAUUUAGGCAAAACAGUCGAAGUCGCAGGUGUCAGUUAUCUUACACAUUGCGCAAUGUAAGCGUCGUUAUUUAGCGUUUAAUGUGAAUUUUCUUUUAUAGUUUUUGUAAUUCAGAGCUUAGUUGUAAUGCCUUCGUUAUAAUAAAGGUUAUUCGAACAUUAA